AUGGGAUCUGGAGCAAGCCAAGUUGUACAUAGUGAUGCAAUAGUUUCUGCAGGGUAUUCUUCAUUAUGCAAUACUAACAACUCAGGAAUCGAUUUCUUUGAAAAAGAUGAACAAAUCAAAGUAAAUUCCCUUGCAAAAACUCCUUUUCACGCAACAUGGUACAAUAUAUCUACAUUGAGUCAGAUGCUAUCUCCACGACAAGGAAUGGCUUACGGAUUUCAUUCUGAAACUGAAAAAAUCCUUUUCGCUUUUGGCCAAAAAGAAAAUCUAGAUUAUGCAUCAGAUCUUGUAUGUUACGAUGUAAAAACAAAUGAAAUGUCAAUUUUAAUACAAAAUCUUGGAGAAGGAAGGACCAAUUCCUCUGGAAUCAUGAUUGGUGAUUAUUUUUUUAUUUUUGGCGGAAACAAUAGCUUCCAUUAUUACAAUGACCUUUACAGAUUCAAUGUUACUACGUUGCAAGUUGAAUUUGUCACUGGAAUUGGUAAAUCUCCCUCUCCAAGAUCAAAUUCUAUCAUGGGAACAUUUGAUGACAGUAUAUAUAUUUGGGGUGGUGAAUUACCAAAUGGAGAAACCGAUUCAAACGUCUAUAUAUUCAAUAUUAAGAACAAUUCAUGGUCAUCAGUGAAUUCUGAAGUAAAACCAAGGGCAGCGGCCAGUUAUACGCAAAUGAAAAACAAAAUCUAUAUAUACGGAUCAUCAGACAAUGAAGGAAUGCUAAUAUUAGAUAUGCAAACAGUUGAUUUCGAAAUAAUUAAGAACCAUGGUCAAUUUCCAUUACCAGAUAUCAAAUACCCAGGCUUAGUUAGUGUAUUUCCAAACUACAUACUAUGUUUUGGAGGCACAAGUACAAAUAAAACAACACAUUUGUUUGCAUUCGACGUAAAUAGGAAAUAUUGGUUCAUUUUUCAUACAAAACCUAAAGAAGGUGAAGAAAACAAAGGAAAAAUAAAUGAAAAUGGCUUUUUCAAGGUUCCUAGACAAUUUUCUUUUGCUUCUGUUUAUGAUGAAAAGAGAAAAAUGAUUUUGUAUACUUUGUCCGACCAAUUUACUUCGUUAGGAGUAUUUGAUCUCUCAAAAGCUCUUUCAAAACUUAAUCUUGGCGAAGAUUUACUUUCCAUGUUAUAA